UGGGAGUCUCAGGAGAACAACGGGCUCAUUCAGCGUGUGGCAGCGAGGGGAGCGCCAGCCGCAGUCUGGUGAAGGGCGCAGCGCAGGAGCAGGUCUCCGCUCCCCCCUCGGUCCCCGGCUGGAGCCGUGAGAGCAGAUGGCCCUCGGGAAGACGCUCCUCUACCUGUCCCUCGUCCCCUGCCUCGCCUCCGCCUUCAACCUGGACACCGACAAUGUGAUCCUGCGGAAAGGGGAGCCGGGCAGCCUGUUCGGCUUCUCCCUGGCCAUGCACUGGCAGCUGCAGCCGCAGGACAGGAGGCUAUUGCUGGUUGGAGCACCUCGGGAGAAAGCCUUUCCAUCCCAGCAAGCCAACAGAACUGGAGGGUUGUAUAGCUGUGACAUUACAUCCCCAGAGACGCUUUGCACACGUGUCUUCUUUGAUGAGAACGCUGAUCCAGCAACUGAGAGUAAAGAAGACCAGUGGAUGGGUGUAACUGUCCAAAGUCAGGGGCCAGGAGGAAAAGUGGUGACAUGUGCACAUCGCUAUGAGAAAAGGCAAUAUGUAAACACAGUUCAGGAAACUCGUGAUAUCAUUGGAAGGUGCUACCUGCUGAGUCAGGAUCUCACUAUUAAGGAUCCUAAGGAUGAUGAGUCUGCUAUGGAUGGUGGAGAAUGGAGUUUUUGUGAUGGCCGACUGAGGGGCCAUGAGAAAUUUGGUUCAUGUCAGCAAGGUGUAGCUGCUACUUUUACUAGAGACUACCAUUAUGUUGUAUUUGGUGCACCAGGAACUUAUAACUGGAAAGGGGUGGUUCGUGCAGAGCAAAAGAAUCAAACAUUUUAUGCUGUGGAUAUCUUUGAUGAUGGGCCUUAUGAAGUUGGUAGUGAGAGUCGCCGAGCUGAGAAUCUAGUUCCUGUGCCAGCUAACAGUUAUUUAGGUCUUCUGUUUUUGACAAGUGUUUCUGAUACUGAUCCCGAUCAGUUUGUAUACAAAACAUUGCCUCCCAAUGUAAGAGUGGACAAAUCCACUGGUGUGAUGAUGAAUAGCUACCUAGGUUUCUCUUUGGACACUGGUAAAGGUAUCGUUUCCCAAGAAGAAACAACUUUUGUAUCAGGUGCACCAAGAGCCAAUCACAGUGGAGCUGUAGUUCUGCUGAAAAAAGAUCUCCAAAUUCCCAGAACACUCUCGCUUGUGCAUAUAUUUGAAGGAGAAGGGCUGGCCUCUUCUUUUGGCUAUGAUGUUGCAGUAGUGGACCUCAACAAUGAUGGUUGGCAAGAUAUUGUUGUUGGAGCCCCACAGUAUUUUGACCGAUAUGGAGAAAUUGGGGGUGCUGUGUACAUCUACAUUAACCAACAAGGCAAAUGGGAAGGGGUAAAGCCAAUUCGCCUCAAUGGAACCACUGAUUCUAUGUUUGGUAUUGCAGUUGAAAAUAUUGGUGAUAUUAAUCAGGAUGGAUUCCCAGAUAUUGCCGUGGGGGCACCAUAUGAUGAUUUUGGCAAGGUGUUCAUAUAUCACGGAUCCAAGAAUGGAAUAAAUACAAAGCCAGCACAGAUUCUUGAUGGCAAAAAAUCCAGUGUUCUAUAUUUUGGUUAUUCUAUUACUGGAAAUAUGGAUCUUGAUAGAAACUCCUACCCUGAUAUUGCUGUUGGGUCACUUUCAGAUUCUGUCUCUGUUUACAGAUCUCGGCCUGUUAUAAGCAUUAAGAAAACCAUCACGAUAUCUCCUGACAAAAUUGACCUGAACAGAAAGACCUGUUUUGAACCCAGUGGAAUCUGCAUGGACGUUGAAGCAUGUUUUGAAUAUAUUGCUAACCCCACGGACUUCAAUCAAAAAAUAAAACUUAACUAUACGUUUGAAGCAGAAAAUGACAGGAGGCGGUUAGGCCUGCCAUCUCGAGUUCAGUUUUCUAAGCAUCUGUCUGAUCAGUUGAUUGGAAGUAUAACUCUAGGAGGACGGAAUAGAAAAGAAUGUGUGAAAACUUCUCUUGUGAUGCAGGAAAAUAUCAAAGAUAAACUACGUCCCAUUCCUGUAUCGGUUGGCGUUAAAAUCAGCGGUUCAGAAUCUAGUUCACCAUCAAAGAGAAGACAAGGAAGAUCACUUCCAGAUCUUGUUCCAAUUCUAAAUUCAAAUGAACCAGAAACAGUGAGCUCAGAAGUGCAGUUCUUAAAAGAAGGAUGUGGAGAAGACAACAUAUGUAAUAGCAGCCUAAAACUUCAAUACAGAUUCUGUACCAGAGAAGGAAAUGAAGACAGAUUUGCUUAUUUACCAAUUGAGAACAAUGUUCCGGUGCUUGUCCUCAAAGAUCAGAGGGAUAUUGCUCUAGAAAUAACUGUGACAAAUAAUCCAUCAGAUGCAAAAAAUCUCCAAAAAGAUGGUGAAGAUGCCCAUGAAGCUAAACUAGUUGCAACUUUUCCAGAUAGCUUGACCUACUCUGCUUUCAGAGAACUGAGGGCUUAUCCUGAAAAACAAUUAACUUGUGGUGCCAAUCAAAACGGUUCUCAAGCAGAGUGUGAACUUGGAAAUCCUUUCAAGAGAAAUUCCAAUGUAACCUUUUAUCUGAUUUUAAGUACAACCAAAGUUAAUGUUGACACAACUGAUUUGGAUGUUAAUCUGAAGUUGGAAACAACAAGCAAUCAAGUUAAUUUGGCUCCAAUUACUGCUACUGCUAAAGUGGUUAUUGAAUUGCUUUUGUCACUCACUGGAGUUGCUAAGCCUUCCCAGGUGUACUUUGGAGGUAACGUAAUCGGUGAGAGUGCUAUGAAAUCUGAAGAUGAUGUUGGAAACAUAAUAGAAUAUGAAUUCAGAAUAACUAACUUGGGUAGACCACUUAAAACAUUUGGCACAGCUUCCUUGGACAUCCAGUGGCCAAAAGAAAUCAGCAAUGGCAAAUGGCUACUUUAUUUGAUGAAAGUAGACUCCAAAGAAUUGGGGAAAAUCCCUUGUGAACCUCAAAAUGAAAUAAACUCUUUGGGACUUGAGGAGUCCCACAGGUCAAGAAGGAAACGUGAAAUUGCAGAGAAGCAGACUAAUGAUGGCAAAAAAAUGUCUGUAUUUUCAGAAAGAAAAUAUAAGACCCUGGACUGUAAUGAGAGUGCACGCUGUGUGAAUAUAAAAUGUCCCUUGCAAGGCUUGGACAGAAGGGCAAUGGUUGUAUUGCGUUCAAGAUUGUGGAACAGUACUUUCCUUGAGGAAUAUUCUAAGCUGAACUACUUAGAUAUUCUCGUUAGGGCUACAAUCAGUGUUCCUGCUGCAGCUGAAAACAUUAAGCUCACAAAUGAAGGUGCUCAAGUGCGAGUUACUGUCUUUCCUGCAAAGACAGUAGCACUUUAUACAGGAGUGCCUUUGUGGAUCAUCUUGGUGGCUAUUCUUGCUGGAAUACUGAUGCUCGCACUGUUGGUGUUUUUACUGUGGAAGUGUGGAUUCUUCCAGCGCUCCAGGUACGAUGACAGUGUCCCCCGAUACCAUGCUGUAAGAAUUCGGAAAGAGGAGCGACAGACCAAAGACGGGGAACAUAAAGAGAAUCUUGAGAAAAAACAAUGGAUUACAAAAUGGAAUGAAAAUGAAAGCUACUCCUAGGGAAAAUUUCCCCCCUCAAUCCAAUUCAGACAAUUUUAAUAUUUCUUCAUUAAUGGAAUACUGAUGGACUCAGACCUACAUACAAUAUGGAACUAUAUUUUUGAUUGUAGAUAUUUUUACUUAUAUUGAAGCUUUUGUUUUGCACAACUAAAUUUAAGAUUGCUUGACUGAUUUAGCUGCAUUAUUUAAACUUCCAGAUAGUCAGAGACAAGAGGCAAACUUGCAUUUAUAAAAUGGUGCAUUGAACUGAGCAUUCUAUGAAAUAUGCACAUUAUGUUUUAAUGAUGCCACAAAAAGUCUUUUUCUGCAUUCUUGGACAUCAAUGGAUGUGCAAGGAAUGCAGGAUCUGGUUCCAGAUAUAUUCUCCAAAUUUCCAUCACAACAUACACACUGUAGCCUCGACACACUUUAUGCAAAUAGAAUUUGGGGAAUUUGUGAAUAUGCUAUUCUUGUCAUAAGACUCUGCAGCUAUGGUAGUUAGGGCUUAACCUAAAGUGUCUUAAAUUAAAUGUGCAAUAGGUCAUGUUGCUAUUUUUCUCACACCAAAUAUACACAGGUUUAAAAAAAAGGCUUGAAUAUUAGUUGUAUGUUUUUGUAUAUAUUUUUGUAUUUAUUUUUUUUUUAGCAGCAACCGUUUGUCUUUGACUAAUUAGGCCAAAGACUUAAGUGAACUUUAAAACUGGUAUGGAUGUUCUUAAAUAGGAUAUGAAAGUCCAGUUAGACAUGAAACUUUCACUGCAUUUAAAGAGUUCCUGAGGAGUGCCAGUGCUUUUUUAAAAUGCAAGUUUCAAUCACUGACACAUCCUUGAAAUAAAAACAUUCAUUCCAGGGGUUUGUGGGGGCAUUUUUUCUUAUUUCUGUUUAUGCAGCAGGAUUUAGGAAAGAUGUGGACGAACUGGAGAGAGUCCAGAGGGAAGCAACAAAAAUGAUAAAAUGUUUAGAAAACCUGGCCUAUGAGGAACAGGUGUACUAAAAAAACCAACAGGGCAUGUAUUUAAUUUUGAGAAAAGAAGACUGAGGGGGGGAAACCUGAUACUAGGUCUUCAAAUACCUUAAAAGCUGUUGUAAAGAUUAAAUUAUUCUCUGUCCUCUGAAGGCAAGACAAGGAACAGUGGGCUUAAUCACAGCAAGGAAGAUUGAGGUUAGAUAUUAGAAAGUGUUUUUUUUCUUUCCUAAUUAUAAGGGUAGUUAAGCUCUGGAAUAAGCUUCCAAGUGAGGCUGUGAAAUCCCCUCAGUGGGGGAUUUUAAGAACACCUGUCAGGCCUGGUCUAGGUUUUACUUGGUCCUGCCUCAGGGCAGAGGCCUGGACUUGACUUGACUUCUCAAGGCCCCCUGCAGCCCUUCAUUUCUGUGACUAAUUAUGUUCCUGUAACAUAAUGUGUGUUAAUUGAGAAUAUUUUAAAUUUUCUUUUGUACAUCCAACAUGUAUAGGUUUUUCUAUUUAAUUUUUAUACUUAAUACAAAAAGUGAGGUGCUUCUGGAACAAUUUUCCAGCUCUGUAAGGAUUUCAUGUUUAGAGAAAGGUGUGUCUACUACUGAAAAUGUUAUAUAGCACUUGAAAGAAAACAUAAGCUCCUAUCUGUCCUUAACAAUGGCUCUGCACUGAUCCCUUUUGAGACUACUGAGUGAUGUCCUAAAUAUAUAGCUAAAUGUUAAUUGUAAGAAUAGUGCCACAAUGUUGUGCUGCUCAGUAACCUAAUUGUUGUAACAUAACAGAGCUAUUUAAAGAGUUUAUUGGUUUUUUUAACUUGCAUUCUAAAAUGUUGGUACUAUUUAAAUAAUUCAGAUUUCUUAUUCCAUAUGAAAAAUACUAAUGACCUGUGUGAAUAAUUUUUUUUGCAUAGGGAUGAGAAUUAUGCAAAAACUUGUUAAAGUAUUUUCUUUACAAGCUGCUAGCUUUACCUUCCCCCAGAAGUCUAUUGUUUUAAUGCAGACGGCUGGGGUGACUGAAGCAAGCAAGACUGGUCACCAAUUAUGUGGAUGGGUUUGGUUUUGUACUACUAUUCAUUUCUUUCCUUCAGUCAGGCUUUUUGAAGCUUUGUUUCUUUCAAAAUGUUAUUUUAGAAGCUGCAUUCUUUUGCUUCAAGGUUAACAGGUCCCAUGUGUAAUUUUCCUCCUUCCUCCCAUCAUAUACUUCCAAAAUUACAUUGUGACCCCUGUUUUGCAACAUUUGUGUGUACAUAGCUGUUUACUGCAUAUUGUCAGUCUGUCUCCCUAAUGAGAGCUACAGCAGUGUUUAAAAUCCCAGCUCCUUUGCCGAGUGGCUCAAAACCCCAAGAAACUGAGCUCAUCAUUUGCAAAGAAAUGGGAAUUUUGAGACUGUAGCAGCCCUAGUUAAAACAAAACAUAUGGUUAGGUAUGUGGCACCCUCUUUAUAAAAAGAGCAAAAUAAAAAAUGUCUUGGCAGUGUUAAAUUUAGGACUAUUGAAAAUUAAUAUCUCAAGUCAUGGCACUGGUAUACUAUCCUCUCAAACACAACUAAUAAUGCUAAAUCAUUCCAGGAUUAGAAAUUACCUGUGGAUAUUUGUAUAAAAGUGUGAAAUAUUUUUUUUAAUUAAAAUACAUAUUGCCUUGAUAUUACUGUAUAUUUCUUACAGGACAAGUUUCUUUUAUCAGACUGAAUUGUUGAAUUAUGUAACAUAAAAUAAGCAUUAGCAACUGAGUUUCUGUAAGUGGUGCUUAGAUUUCACAGCUCACCAAUUUGUUAUAACUAAAGCCAGCCUGCUCUAUAUGUAAUUUUCAGCAUGAAUUAAAGCAAGAAAUAAACAUGAUGAUGAACCAUUUAA